AAUAGAGGCCACUUCACACGUAGGACGGAUGUGUCCUCCUACCUGAUCGAUAUGAGCUACGGCGAUGUCGACCCUCGACCGACCAAGAAACGUCGCUUUUUCGCCGAAGAGUCCUCGGGCUCUGAUAGCACUUUGCGCAAAGACGCCUCGCUGACAGACGAGCUCGACGCGUUGCCUGAGGCCCCUCCCGUGGAGAUUAUCGGAAAUGACCCUGAAAUAAGUAGUAGCCACAAUGCGAUGGGAGCAGAGCCUACAGCGGACGGUCAGAAUACUCUUUCAAGUGAUCAACCAUCCUUGAAAGCCAAGAGCGGCGUAUCGGAAAAUGCGACUCAGCAUCAGGAAUCGCACAAGGAAAAUGGAUUCGAUACCCAAGUCUUCGCGACGUUUGUCGGAGAAGAGCUUCCUCCAAGUACGAUGAAGACCUUGCGACAAGUGUCUGGAGAUAACAUGGAGCGUGCAAUCAAUAUGUAUUUUGACGGAUCAUGGAAAGCAACAGCGCCGACGAUUCGACCAGUGGAUGACACUCGUUCAGUAUUUGAAGCACAAACACAGAAAGCGCCACCGCCAAGAUCUCGCGACUCGCCAACAGACAUUCCCGGAGCUUCGAUAACUGAGACGAGACGCCAAUCUAACCUCCAAGACAUGCCUGAGUGGAGAUAUAUAGGCGCCUUUGGAGUAGGUGGCUGGGCGACGAAGAGUGGUUUGAAUCUCUUACGGCAUGGCGAAUCUGUCAAGAUCGAACGCGCAAAAAUCCAGCCGCCAACGCCAAAACUUGGGCGCAGUGGAAAGGUGACAGCAGGCCCGCGCGCAGCAAAUCGGAGAGGAGAUAUUAUUGUUCGGUUCACCAAUUCCAGAGGCGAAGAGAUUGGAAGACUGCCCAAGGAGACGGCUGCGUGGGUGUCUACUCUGAUUGAUCAAAAGAUUUGCCGAUUUGAUGGUGUAUGUGUGUAUACGCCUAUUCGAAUACGUACCAAUGACACGAUAUAUCUGCAACUGCGGUGCUCGCUAUUAAGAAGAGCGUUUGAGGCAGGAGGUUUCGUAAAGCCCUCUGACAAUAACCGUACCACUGGUCUUUUCGAGGCAAAGGAGACAGAGGAGGAAAAAGAUCUUCGAUUGCGCCAAACCGGGCUAAUAAAGCUGUUUGACGAAAUAAACUUACAUCCGUUAAAGUCAAACGAGCAAACGCUCAAGCACAAACGAAAAGGCUUGCUGCAAGCUGCUGAGAUGGCGGAGCACUUUGAUGAAUCGAAGAAGCCCAAGCCGGAUGAAAAUAAUACUUCGUCGCCUCCAUCGUCCGAGGAUGCCGAAGAGGGUGAGGAGCUGGAGCAAGAUCAGUUAGACACAUUGUAUAAGAAAGCGCAAACUUUUGAUUUUGAUACUCCUGUGGCCCAACCUGCGGACACAUUUGCCAUGGAUCUCCGUCCAUACCAACGACAAGCGCUGCAUUGGAUGAUCCAGAAGGAAAAGGACGAGAAGCGCUCCAGCAAAGAGGUCUCAAUGCAUCCGCUGUGGGAGGAAUACUCUUGGCCAACAAAAGAUGUCGACGAUAAAGACCUUCCUCAGGUCGUUGACCAGGACAAGUUUUACGUUAAUCCCUACUCAGGAGAGUUAUCAUUAGAUUUUCCUGUGCAGGAACAAAACUGCCUUGGCGGGAUCCUAGCUGAUGAGAUGGGCCUUGGAAAAACUAUCGAAAUGCUCAGUCUCGUGCAUACGCACAAGUCUGACAUUGCCAUCCAAGCUUCUCAGUUGACGCAUACUUCUGUCAACGAACUACCUCGAUUGCCCUUAAAUUCUUCUUCGGUAGAAAACGCGCCGUGCACAACGCUUGUCAUAGCUCCCAUGUCAUUACUUGCACAGUGGCAUAGCGAGGCGGAGAAUGCCUCCAAGCCUGGGACGAUGAGGUCAAUUGUUUACUAUGGCAGCGAUAAGACGGCCAGUCUACAAACACUGUGCCGCGAAUCCAAUGCGGCUUCUGCUCCUCAUGUUGUCAUUACUAGCUACGGCGUAGCUCUCUCUGAAUUCAACCAAGUUGUUGCAAACAACGGCAAUCGGGGUUCCCACGGGGGACUGUUCUCGCUCAACUUUUUCCGAGUAAUCCUAGAUGAAGCUCAUCAUAUCAAGAACCGACAAUCCAAAACUGCAAAAGCCUGCUACGAAAUUGCUGCUCGGCACCGUUGGGUCUUGACAGGCACGCCCAUUGUCAACCGCCUCGAAGACCUCUUCAGCUUGGUUCGGUUCCUCCGCGUUGAACCCUGGAGCAACUUUUCGUUUUGGAAGACAUUCAUCACCGUGCCCUUUGAGUCAAAGGACUUUAUCCGGGCUCUAGACGUGGUGCAAACCGUACUAGAACCCCUUGUACUUCGACGUACCAAGGACAUGAAGACUCCAGACGGAGAGCCGCUUGUUCCACUUCCUCCUCGCCGCAUAGAAAUCGAAGAGAUUGAACUAUCGAAACAAGAGCGCGAAGUAUACGAUUACAUCUUCAAUCGCGCCAAGCGGACCUUUGCCGCCAAAGUCGAAGCCGGCACAGUCAUGAAGUCGUAUACUACAAUCUUUGCACAAAUUCUCCGUCUCCGCCAAUCAUGCUGCCACCCCGUCCUGACGCGCAACAAAACCAUUGUGGCCGAAGAGGAGGAAGCCGCAGCAGCAGCAGACGAAGCCAGCGGUCUAGCAGACGACAUCGACCUACAAGAUCUCAUCAACCGCUUCGAAUCCGACGACGGGGACGAGGACGCGAACCGGUUUGGCGCACACGUACUAAAGCAGAUCCAGGACGAGUCGGAGAACGAAUGCCCUAUAUGCUCAGAAGAACCAAUGAUUGAGCAAACGGUCGCUGGAUGCUGGCAUAGCGCCUGCAAGGAGUGCCUACUCAACUACAUUGAGCAUCAGAAAAACAAGGGCGAGACACCACGAUGCUUCAACUGCCGCGAGCGCAUCAACGAGCGGGAAAUCUUCGAAGUAAUCCGUCAUGAUUCCGGCAAGCGCACUGGCAUCAUCGCCGGCAGUCACUCCGAGAAUCUUAUACCUCCUGGCUCCUCCCGCCAACAAUCUUUACCUUUCUUUUCCUCCACAUCUCACGCACCAGCAUCGGAUUCAGACUCAAUACAAUCUUAUCCCCACACUUCCACACCCACUUUCCCUUCUUCCGGUCCUGCCAUCGAAUCUACAUCCAACGUCACUCCCUGCUCUUCUUCCUUCUUGUCCCAAAUCUCCCUUCGCCGCAUCGGAUCCCACACGUCCGCGAAAAUCGCCGCCCUGCUCACCCACCUCAAGCGCCUCCGUCACGAAAACCCUUCCAUCAAAUCCGUCGUCUUCUCCCAAUUUACUGCCUUUCUCGACCUUCUCGAGCCCGCGCUCGCUCGCGACGGCAUCCGUUUUCUGCGCUUCGACGGUUCCAUGGCCCAGAAACAACGGGCCGCUGUCCUCGCACAGUUUGCCGCCUCCCCCGAGUCUGCAGGCGGAUUGGUCCUCCUCUUGUCCCUCCGCGCUGGCGGUGUCGGGCUCAAUCUCACUUCGGCCCAGCGCGUCUUCAUGAUGGAUCCGUGGUGGUCCUACGCCGUCGAGUCCCAAGCCAUUGACCGUGUGCACCGCAUGGGCCAGACGAGUUCCGUCUACGUGCAUCGGUUUAUUGUCAAGGACUCGGUCGAGCAGAGGAUGCUCAAGAUUCAGGAUCGGAAAAUGUUCAUUGCUAGCUCUCUCGGCAUGGUCUCCGACGAAGAAAAGAAGUUGCAGCGUCUCGAAGAUAUCAGGGAGCUGCUCAGCUAGCUUUGAUCUUUGAGCACGUAUCUUCAUCGAACCCUCGGUGUCUUUUUCAACCUCUAAGGAGUACCGAGAACAGUAUUUAUCUGUCUAUCUAUCUCCCAUUGUGUUCAAUUCAGAAAUUUACCCUUGCGAGCAGAAGUUGGGAAAAGUUAGCGGUCUUGCGGGGUGUCCUUUUUCUUUUUCGCAUUGGGUCAUAUUGGAGUCAAAGGAUAUCCCCAUUGUAAUGUAUAUUUCUUUCAUCAACGUAUAUAGAAAUCAGAGUGAGACUACGUGUUAUUUCCUUUAAUUCUCAUUUAUUCUCCAUGUGUGUAUUGUAGCAAC